GAUUUCGAGUGUUGUUAUAUCGACUUUUGGAGGUUCCAGCGAAGCUUUUGUAAUGAAAUGAUUGGAGCUCGACUCUUUUGUACCCCGACAGCAGCACUAGAAAGAUCAUCAUCAUCAUCAAUCUUCCUCUUCUUCACCAAGAUCUCGACCCGACCCGUUCCCAGAUUAUCAAGUACCGUCGCCAUGAGCACCACCACCAAAAGCCAAGAGGAGCUCGAUUCAAUCUUCAAGCAGAAACGCGUCGUGCGUACCACCGUCCGCAGAUCAUUAAAAGCCAUGGACCCUUCUCUCCGCACCCAACAAGAUGAUGUAAUUCAGAACACUGUUCUUGAAGCUCCUUGGUUCAAAUCAUGUCGGAGACUGUGUGCUUACGUUAGCUGCAAGUCUCUUAACGAAGUCGACACUUCAAGAAUCCUGUCCAAGAUUCUCCAACAUCCUGUGACAGAGAAAAAGCUAUAUGUCCCAUGGGUAGAGGACAGGAACAGCAACAUGCGUAUGCUGCACAUAUCUCAUAUGGAAGACCUCAUUGCAAACUCUAUGAACAUUUUGGAACCAGCUCCUGUUGAUGCUCUAGGGAAUGAGCGUGAAGAUGUGAUGCAAGCAGAUGAACCAAUCGAUUUAUUCAUCUUGCCAGGUCUUGCGUUUGAUAGAUGUAGACGACGUUUAGGUCGUGGGGGUGGAUACUACGACACUUUCUUGAAGAGAUACGAGGACCGUGCAAAGGAGAGGGGCUGGAGCAAUCCACUUAUGGUUGCAUUGUCAUACUCGCCUCAGAUUCUUGAGGAUGGAAGUAUUCCUGUAACACCGAAUGAUGUUAUGAUCGAUGCCCUUGUGACACCUUCUGGUGUUGUUCCCUUUAGCCCUCGUGCUAUCGAGAGCUUCCCCUGUGAAGCAUCAUCGGAGAAAGGACACCAAAUGGAUUACCGACCUUCUGAUAGUAGUGGUACGGAUGAUGACUUACCUCCAAGUAGAUAUCAGAGAAGCGGGAGACCUGCUGGUAAUGGCAGGCCUUCAGUUCUCAACUCUGCUCCUUUGUCAAGGGUGCACAAUGACAUGGAAACUCAAAUUCAUCUCAUUGAGCAAGAGGCUUAUAGCUCAAUACUCCGUGCAUUCAAAGCCCAGUCUGAUGCUAUCACCUGGGAGAAAGAAAGUUUGAUCACUGAACUCAGAAAAGAACUUCGGGUGUCUGAUGAGGAACACAGAGAGCUGUUAUCAAGGGUUAAUGCUGAUGAAAUGAUCAGGCGAAUAAGGGAGUGGAGAAAGGGGAACAGCUUUCAAUCCGGUGCUCCUCAGAUGGUUCAUGAUAAUGCUCCGAGUCCAGCUGUUUCAGGAUCACGUAAGAAGCAAAAGACAUCACAAUCAAUCGCCUCGUUAGCUAUGGGCGCGCCAUCUCCCGCUAUGCACCCGUCAAUGCAGCCAUCUUCAUCUGCUGCGCUAAGAAGAGGAGGUCCUCCACCAGGUCCAAAUACCAAGAAGCCAAAGACAUCGAUGCAGUUCCAAGCUACAGGCAUUGCUGGAAGGCCUCAGCCAGGCGCAGUAGCAAAUGAACCAGAUCCGUUGGUUGGGAAGAAGGUGUGGACAAAGUGGCCUGAGGACAACAACUUCUAUGAAGCUGUUAUAACUGACUACAAAGCCGCUGAGGGGAGGCAUGCUUUAGUGUAUGACAUGAACACUGUGAAUGAAACUUGGGAAUGGGUAAAUCUUAAAGAGAUAUCUCCGGGAGAUAUCAGAUGGGAAGGUGAGGAUGCUGGGGUUUCUCGCAAAGGAGGACAUCCUGGGCAAGGCCGUGGAAGUACAAAGGCCAUGGCUCGUGGGGGUCCCGCAGGCCAAGCUAGUGGUAGAGGUAGGGGAAGCAUGAAGAUACAGCAGCACAAGGCACAGAAUGGCGUUGGGAAGAAAGCUUUAGGUGAUAUUGAAAUACUCCACACUGAUACACUAAUAAAAGAGGUAGAAAAAGUGUUUAGAUCCGUUAACCCCAACCCAGCAGAGGUAGAGAAGGCAAAGAAAGUUCUAAGAGAUCAUGAGCAAGCUCUUGUGGAUGCAAUUGCAAGGCUUGAAGAAAUGUCAGAUGGGGAAAGCGGUAAUAUUUGAUAGGGCCCCCUUCUAACUCUCCUCAGAUGAUGGAGUCAGGGCAUUGGACUGGCUAAGAGGUGUAGAUGGUGGUGGACUGGUGGCAAAUGUGAAUGGAUGAUGGAGAUUUGGUAACUUGUAUGGAUAAAGCAAACUGUAUUUUGUUUAGGGAGAGGAUUUAUAAAUGACCUUUGUGUGACCACAUAACACUACAGUAGCUGGAUUUGGAAAUUAGGGUCUUAAGCAUUGUAAAAUCCAUCAAAUUUCAUAUAAAUGUAGAAUGUUUCAGAGA